AUGGACACUGAUGAAGUAAAACGCGGUCGGGGCCGUGGUCGUGGUUCACGUGCACGUGGCCGAGGACGUGGUCGUGGGCGAGGCCGCGGUAAGAAAGUUGAUGAGAGUGGCAGUGCGCUGGAGAUAUAUGAAAGUGGAGUUGGCGUUGUUGCUCUUGCGUCAAGCAACGGGGCAGUGGAGGACAGUCCAACCAGUAUGGACCAUGUAGAAGAUGCUGUAAUGCAAGAUUUAGACAAAGAAAUCGAAAUAGAGGUAGCAACAGUACCCGAGGAGCAAGCAACUCCCAUUGAGGACAGGACGCCGCCACAAUCACUGCCGCCGCCUCAGCAGCAACAGCAGGUGGCGCCACAGGUGUUGCCACAAACAAUUGAUAUGGAAGCAGAUAUAUCACAGCUGGAGGCGCCCACGUUUACGACAUUGUCGCGGGGUCCCCCAGAGCCAAUGCUGCGCCUUAAGUGGAACCACAAAGUAAGCCUCAUUGGCGAGAAGGUGCUUAACCCGAUGAUACACUGCUGCGACCAGUGCGACAAGCCAAUACUCGUCUAUGGCCGCAUGAUACCCUGCAAGCAUGUGUUCUGCCUAAAAUGCGCCCGGGCCGAGCCCAUCAAGAGCUGUCCACGCUGCAAUGAUAAGGUACUGCGCGUGGAGCAAUCUGGCUUGGGUACUGUGUUUAUGUGCACGCACGGUGGCAGUCGGUACGGCAGCACCGGGUGUCGUCGCACGUAUUUAUCACAGCGCGAUCUGCAGGCACACAUCAAUCACAGGCACGUGGCACAGCUGCCGCUGACUACAUCCUCGGGCGUUGAGCCAAAGCUGACGGAAAUGAGCGGCCUGGAGUUGCAUAAGCAGCGCAAGCUAUCCGAACCCUCUGCCGCCGCCUCCUCCGCUGCUGGUGCCCACAUGCAGCAACGCUCAACGGCGCGCGGUUCGGUCGGCAGCAUUGGCUCAAUACCUCCACCGGGAUCGUCUGACCGAACCGCCGUCCACACGCACUCGACCCUUACGCAGGCUAAUUUAGCGCGCAUCAACAAUGCGAACGCCCAGGACUGUCAUCAGGGCAAAGCCUCACUGCAUCAGACCCUUAAGAAGGGCACACAUCAGUCCGAGUCCGUGGCAGAUGCUUCCUACUACAGCAGCGUGUUAGCCACAUUCGGUAGUGCUGGUGGUACACCGGGCGCUACUGCAGGCAGCACGGUAGUUGGCUCAAAUUGUGCAGCGGGCGGUGGUAGUGCAUCUGGUGUCGGAACAGCUGCAGGAACAGGCAGCAACAUGAAUAUAGGCAAUCCCACCCAGUUGUCAAGCGGCUACGAGAUCGGCAAUACGGCGAGCAGCACAAGCAGCAACUGGCAGCAAGCGCAAUACUAUAGAUAAAAAUAAAAUGGACCGAAUCUACACUUUUGCAUGAAAUUAAUAUUUAAUUAUUGUACAAAUAAACAGUUGUAUAUGGAACCCAAA